AUGUUUUUGAAUGAUUUUCCAACAGAAAUAUUAAAUCAAAUAUUCACACAUUUAUCAUUUAUUGAUCUUAGUUAUUGUGCUAAUGUUUGCCAAAGAUGGAAUUCAAUUAUUAUUAAUUAUAAUUAUUUGAGUACAUUUAAUAUUGAACAGGAGAUGAAAAUUCCUCAUGAAGAAAAUCAAAAUGCAUCAAGUUUUCAUAGAAAACUGAUUUAUCGGCCAGUAAUAUCAAAUUUAUUUACAUUUGUACCAAAUUUAAAGUAUCUACGUAUUAUUGUUAAAAAAGAAACGGAAGAAUUAAAGAUAGCAAAACAACUUUUACAAGUUCAAGGUAAAACGUUAGAAAAAAUAAUUGUUGAUAGUCCACCAUAUUCGAAUGAUCAACCAGAUGGUAGAUUUCAUGAUGAAACUGAUUUAAUUCAUGAUCUAACAGAUGAACUUAUUACACCAAAUCUACGCGAGUUAAUUUUGAAUGCUCGUUUACCUAUUGUCAGCAUUUGGAAUGAGAAAUCAAGACAAAUUAUUAGAAAAGUUACAAUUGAUGUUGGUCAUCAAGCACCAAGUAACUGUUGGUCAUGUUAUUAUUGUUUUGGAAAUUGGUUAAAAGUUUUCAAAAUGUGCGGUGGCAUGGUAAUAACUGAUAAUAGAGCUGAGGAAGAUGCUCCAUUUUUCUCAAUAUCGAGGGAUGUACAAAUUGAUUCAACAAAUAUAAAAUCAUUUCCACUUGUUGAAUAUUUAUCAUUACGAACAAAUAUAUUCGAAAAUCGGAAAGAAUUUGUAGAUUUACUAUUGAAAAUAUUUCCAAAUAUAAAACAAUUUGAGUUAGAAACAUGGACGGAAGAAUAUUCCUGUUCUAUUGAUGUUAUAGUAGACAAUUUAAUCAAUUUAGAAUAUUUAAAAGUACGUGUUUGGUGGUGUUGUGGAUAUAAAUAUCAACAGUAUAGUUUAGAACAGUUGUACAUUAAUGAUAACAUUGUUUAUAAAAUUAUAUCCAAAUUACCAAAACUAUUGUCAAUUGAUUUAGAAGGUCAUCUAGAAUUUUCUGACACAUGUUUAGAAACUUUGAACAAUAAUAAAAAUCUACAAAAUAUUAUAUUAAAACAUGGUGGUAUCGCUGGACAUAAAAUAAAUGAUAAAUCAUAUACACAACCAAUAAUUCAUUUUAGUGAAAAUGCUUUGAUAGAAUUUGCUAAAAAUCAUCCAUUAUUAGAACAAUUAGAAAUGAAUAUUGGUCAAUCAAUAGUACCUACAAUAGAGUUUCUCACUAAAUUUAUUCAACAUUGUCCAAAAUUAAAAAUUUUAAAACUAUAUGUUAUUGAAAAAGAUGUAUCAUUAUUAGUAGAUGAUAAAUUCAAAACCAGUUGUACGCAAUUAGAAACUUUUUAUGUUGGAAAAUCAAAAGAGUAA